AUGCUGGGACCUUCAACAUCGAGCGAGAGAUCAACAGUAAAUGCCGAUGGCCAAUUACAAGGUCACCCUGAUGGAAAUGGACUGUUGGUGGGAAGGCAGGCAGAUUAUCAAAAUGCCACCGCUACUGCAGCUGCAGCAGUGUCUGCAUCAGGUUAUGGUGCGGGACACCCUGAUGAUCCUAGCCAUUUUCAUCACCAACAUGGCUACCAUUCUGCUUCAGCAUCGGCGGCGGCAGCAGCAGCAGCCGCUGCCCAACUUCAACAUCAACAACAGCAAUUACAACAACAACAUCAAUUACAUCAACAAUUUCAACAAUUUCCGCAGCAACAAGUAUCUCAACACCAACAUCAGUUGCCACCACAUCACGCUCCUCAUCAGUUUACUCAUGCUCCUUCUUCGGCGGACUAUGAGCCGACUGGAAUACUUCACUCAAAAUACAUGGAAAAUGAGGUUAUCAAAACGUUUCCAAGUAAGCAGGACUUGGUGAAGUACGUGAAAAACGUUCUCAAUGACGAGGAACAAUGCAAAAUUGUUAUUAAUUCUUCCAAGCCUAAGGCAGUUUAUUUUCAAUGUGAAAGGUCUGGGCUGUUUAGAACGACAGUAAAGGAUUCUACGAAGAGGCAAAGAGUAGCCUAUACUAAAAGAAAUAAGUGCGGAUACAGAUUAAUUGCCAACUUAUAUCCUUCGGAGAAAGAUAAAAAAAGAGUCAAAGGGUCUGUUUCUCCUGACGGUAACUUGGACGAAAAGUUGAAUGAGUUUCAGAGUCACUCAGGCUCACUUGACCAGUCUACGGGAGAAAGAUGGGUAUUAAGGAUGAUAAAUCCAGCCCACAAUCAUCCUCCAGAACCAUCUGGAGGUAAGAAAAAGAGACUGAAGUUUUCUAGAACAUUGGUUGAAAAGCCAUUGAACCGUACUAACAAUACUAACAAUGCAUUCAAUACCAACGUGAUGGUUAAUCCGCUUCCUCCCCAUGUUCCACAUUCUCUCGUUCAGCAGGCACAUCAACAAGGAUCGCAUUUACAUAACGACGAUCCUAACCACCAUACUCCCUCGGUACAAGAUGCAGCUGUGAUAGCAGCUAUUGAAGCCACUCCAGCAGCCGCUGUUGCUUUACAUAACCAAAACGCACACGUCGAUCCCAACAUUGAUCCAAAUGUGGACCCUAGUGUUCAGGAGCACGAUCACUCGCACGGAAACUUGAGAUGA